AUGCCUCGAGAAAUUGUAACAGUCCAGCUAGGACAAUGCGGCAACCAAAUGGGCUCGGUUUUCUGGCAACGCCUGUGUGCAGAACAUGGUAUCAACAAGGAAGGUAUCCUUGAAGAAUGGGCCACAGAAGGAGGAGACCGGAAGGACGUGUUUUUUUACCAGGCUGAUGACGAGCAUUAUAUCCCCCGCGCUAUCCUGGUUGAUCUUGAGCCACGGGUUAUCAACAACAUCUUGACUUCUCCAUUCGCGAAUCUGUAUAACCCGGAGAACAUAUUUGUGUCGAAAGAUGGAGGUGGCGCCGGGAAUAAUUGGGCGCAGGGAUAUUCGUUGGGAGAGAAAUUGUACGAGGACAUUAUGGAGAUGGUAGACCGAGAGGCUGAGGGGAGCGAUUCGUUAGAGGGGUUCAUGCUCCUGCACUCAAUAGCAGGUGGCACCGGGUCCGGACUCGGUUCCUUCCUCCUCGAACGUCUCAACGACAAAUUCCCCAAAAAGCUCAUCCAGACAUACUCCGUAUUCCCGAACGCACAAGAAGGCGAUGUCGUCGUACAACCGUACAACGCCAUGCUCACGCUCAAGCGACUGAUUAACCAUGCAGACUCGGUUGUUGUGCUGGAUAACGGUGCAUUGGCGAGGAUCAAUGCGGACAGAUUGCACGUCCAGACGCCAUCGUUUGAUCAGACGAAUCAGCUCGUAUCUACAGUCAUGGCCGCAAGUACACAAACACUUCGGUACCCGGGUUAUAUGAACAAUGACCUGGUUGGAAUCAUUGCCUCACUCAUCCCUACACCGCGGUGUCACUUCCUUAUGACUUCCUACACCCCCUUUACCACCGACACCAUUGACAAGGCCAAGCCCAUCCGACGAACAACAGUUUUAGACGUCAUGCGUCGUCUGCUACAACCGAAGAAUCGCAUGGUGUCGACGACAGCAAGCAAAUCUUCAUGUUAUAUUUCCAUCCUCAAUAUCAUCCAAGGUGACGUCGAUCCAACAGACGUGCACCAAUCGCUACUUCGGAUCCGAGAACGCCAACUGGCGAACUUCAUCCCUUGGGGUCCUGCCUCAAUUCAAGUCGCGCUGACGCGGCGAUCACCAUACAUCACGACUAAUCAUCGCGUCAGCGGGCUUAUGCUUGCGAACCACACCAGUAUCGCCUCGCUCUUUAAGCGCAUGCUCGAUCAGUUCGACAGACUGCGGAAACGAAACGCUUUCUUGGAGCAGUAUAAGAAAGAGAGGAUGUUCGAGAAUGGGUUGGAGGAAUUCGACGACGCACGGGCAACGGCCGACGAGCUUUUGAAGGAGUACAAAGCGUGCGAGAGCCCUGAUUAUAUAUCUUAUGGCUCUGCGGAUGGUGAACAAGGCGGUUGAUCUCUUGCAUUGAGUGAUGUAUUUGUUCUGACUGUGGUGGUUCGAGUCAUGUUGUUUCUCACAUUUGUUCCUGGUUGAGUGUAUACCACCGUUGUGCAUCCUGUAAUUUGCU